UAUGCGACUGGCUUGGUCUCAUUGAAAAUGGCGACCUAAUGUCCUGGUGUAAAAUGCGGUUCAUGCAUGUCAACAUGAACAUGACACUUUUAAGAGUUAGUCAUUCUGUUAAAUUUCUUCAUCGGUACACUUUGCUUGCGGAAUGCUGUCAGCGAUGUCUGGUGACGAGAAGCGGCGCAAUUAGACGAUUAUCAGACAACCGUUUGCAUCUUCACAGAAAAAACGUUUCAAUGUCGGCCCAGAAGACAGAGGAUGCAGAGAAACGUGUGCUGAAACAGUCUCAGCUGUUAAAUGUGCUGGAGGCCAGGAUCCAGCAACUUCAAUAUGAUGGCAUUCUUGAUGUACAAAAAUCAAAAGUGGAUGUGCUUCAAGUCCCCUCUUCCGCGAGGCGCAUCUUCUCUGGUGAACAUUCUAAGAACACACCUGUGGAGAAGGCUGACAUCUCCAAAUUGGCACAAAAAUCCCAGCCCAGUCGCUGGAUGGAGAAGUUAACUCGGGAAAGGAAGAACGAACUGAGGACACGGAACACUCUCAACCAAAAAUUGAAGAAGAAUGUCACAGAGAAACCGAAAGAAAAACAACUAAAGAGUCAAGUCAAACAUAGACAUCCUGCCACAUCUUUUAAAACAAUAUCAUCUCCAAAUAACAACACGGUCAUAAGGUCUGAUAAGAUUAGUACUGUUGUUUCGCCCAUCAAUACUUCUGCUGCUACAAAAGAGACUAUUAUCACAGAAUCAAAAUCAUCAACACAAACAAAACACAGUAGCAAAAAAAAACAGUCUCAGAAAGAAGUCAAAGUCCCUUGUCAAACAACUUUUAAAACAAUAUCAACUUCAAAGAGCGACAUGAACAUAAGGUCUGAUAAGAUUAGUGCUGGUGUUUCACCCGUCAAGAUUUCUGCUGCUACAGCAGGGACCAUCAUCACAAAAUCAGCAUCACAAAAAAAACAGAAACCCAAAAAAAAGGAGUCCAAGAAAGAAGACCCUAGUGCAAAACCCCAAUUCACAGCAAAGGAGCUCGCAUGGGUGAAGGAGCUGGAAAGGAAACUUAGCCAGAAAGUACACCAUUUGUCUUAUUUAAGUCAAACGGAGGGACUUCGGCAGGUUGCAGAAUUACCUUCGAGGAACCUCCGCUCCAGCAUCGUGUCUUACCUGGAGGCGUGUGUGUUUGCGGGGAACAUUGACUUGGCGCAGCAUUUCCUUCUCAGGCAGCACAGACUUAGGAGUCGACGAGAACUUCUCAACACAGACGUCUACAACAUCAUGAUGCGAGUCUGGGCCAAGAAGGGCAUCUUGAAUCCGAUUGGUCGCUUGUUUAUUCUCCUACAGGAGGCGGGUCUGCGACCGAAUACUGUGUCCUAUAGUGCUGCUCUGGAGUGCAUGGGCCGGAGUGCUAACUGUCCUCCUCAACUUAUUUCGAGGUGCUUGAGCCACAUGAAGGAAGACGGCUUCUCUUUGGACGACAUCUUCAGCCAGUGUGUUUUCCAGCUUGAUGAAAGGGACAUGGUGCUGAAAGCAGUACACACCAUUCACCCCGACUACCAGCCUACUACCCCUGUCCUCCCCGCAAUCCAAAGCUAUUCGUCGUUGGUUGAAGACUUCUACAAAAAGAGGUAUAAUCACCAAUACCCAAAGCUUGAUUUCACUCGGGAGGAGCUCCAGGAACGUUUCAAAUUCCAGCUCAGCGUGGAGCAGGCAUGCACUGUCACUAUUGACUCUGUGGAGGCGGACAAACCCAUCACAGAAAACAUGGCCAAAAUGAGGGCACUGCUGGUGGAGCAGCGGGCUAAUUGGCGCAAGGUCCUCCUCCAGGCCUGGAGAGAAGGCAAAAUGCUCCAGGCCAAAACCAACACCAAGGGUUUCAAACUUAAUCUUUAUCCCUACUUCUGCGUGAUGGAGGACAGCGCGUAUGUUGACAUCAUGAUACAGAGUAUCGCCAGCAUUCCUCCCAGCGGAGAGUCCUUGCUAAUUUUAGCCAAAGGUCUGGGCACCCGGGUCUACACAAAGUACUCGGUCCUUCAGAAGCACCGCAGCGAGGUGUUGGAAAAGUUGGGCAAUAUUUACAACACUUACAUAGACCUGCUGGCCAAAGAUACCAAGGUGUUCAACGUUCUUCCCAGGGAGCAGUGGAGCAAGCUGGAGGCUGAAUACCCUUCCGGGCCCACACUGCAUGGCUGUGAAUCCAGCUGGCCACAAACGGUCAUUCUGGAGCUGGGAACGUACAUGUUGGACUUAAUGGUCAAGACCUUAAAAAUCAAUAGCGACAUCCUGAACCCGGCCCACGUCAGUAAGCGAAUCCCCAUCCUUUACCACAUGUACACCUUUCGCAGCACCCGACAGGUUGGCUUCAUUAAGCCCCACCCCAUUCUGACCCAGAUGCAACAAGAAGCCACAGAGACUCAUUUGACCUUUGACUCCUUCGUAAUGCCCAUGCGCUGCCCUCCCGUGCCCUGGACCUCGGCCCGGUUAGGUGCUUAUCUGAUGACACCCACCAAGCUGAUGCGCACGAUUGACGGGGCGACCCAGCAUUACGAGUUGCUGGAGCGUUGCCAGAACCUCCAUGCGGUUCUGGACUCCCUUAACCAGCUGGGUAACUGCGCCUGGAAGAUUAACAAACCUCUCUUGGACAUAAUCAUCUCCAUCUUUAAUGAUCGGGGUAACGACAAGUUAGACAUCCCUCCUCCUCUGUCAGAAGCCCCCAAAGUAACCCACUUCAACCCCCGGGACGCCUCGUACACUGUCAGCGAGAAGGCCCACUUGAAAAGGGAAGUGGUCAAUGCCAGAAAAAAAUGCAGGGAAAUGCACAGCUUGCGCAUGGACGCUCUAUAUAAACUAUCCAUCGCAAACCACAUUAGAGACGAGGUCUUCUGGUUCCCGCAUAACAUGGAUUUCCGUGGACGCACUUACCCGGUUCCUCCGUACUUUAAUCACCUUGGAAACGAUGUGACCCGGUCUGUGCUGCUGUUUGCAGAGGGGAAGCCACUCGGACCAAAGGGUCUGGACUGGCUCAAGAUCCACUUAGUCAAUCUGACAGGGUUAAAGAAGAAGAGCUCGCUGCAAGGAAGGCUGGAGUAUGCCAACUCUAUCAUGGAGGACAUACUAGACUCUGCUGACAACCCCUUGAAUGGCAAGAAAUGGUGGAUGAAUGCAGAUGAGCUAUGGCAAACGCUUGCCUGCUGCAUGGAGAUCGCCAAAGCCGUGAGAUCUCCAGACCCUGCGCAGUUCAUCUCUCAUUUCCCUGUGCAGCAGGAUGGCUCCUGCAACGGUCUCCAGCACUACGCCGCCCUCGGUCGAGACAUUAUCGGCGCCACGUCGGUCAACCUUGUGCCUUGCGACGUACCGCAGGACGUGUACAGUGGAGUAGCACAGCAGGUGGAGGAGUUCCGAGCCCGGGAUGCUGAGAAUGGCCUAAAGAUCGCCCAGAUCCUGGAGGGUUUCAUCAGUAGGAAGGUGGUCAAACAGACAGUGAUGACCGUGGUGUACGGGGUCACGCGUUACGGGGGAAGGCUUCAGAUCGAGAAGCGGCUGAAGGAGAUUGAUGAGUUCCCUAAGAUGUAUGUGUGGGAGGCGUCUCAUUACCUGGUUCGUCAAGUGUUCAGUGGCCUUAAGGAGAUGUUUACAGGAACCAGAGAGAUUCAGGACUGGCUGACAGAAAGCGCCAGGCUAAUCUCCAAGACGGGUCACAGCGUCCAGUGGGUGACGCCCCUGGGUUUGCCCAUUAUCCAGCCCUACCACCGAGCACGUACCCAAGUGCUGAGGAGCACCAUACAACACCUCAACGUUCAGAUCAACCAUGACACCAAACAAAAGCCGGACACAAUGAAACAGAAGAAUGCCUUCCCACCAAACUUCAUCCACUCCCUCGACUCCACCCACAUGAUGUUGACGGCUCUUCACUGCUACAGUUACGGUUUGACAUUCGUCUCAGUCCAUGACUGUUUCUGGACACAUGCCCUCACGGUGGACACCAUGAACAAGGUCUGCCGAGAGCAGUUUGUUGCACUGCACAGUCAGCCCAUCCUCCAGGAGUUGUCCGACUUCCUGCUCCACAUUUACUGCACUAACCUUCCACCUGACACCAGCAAUAACAAGUAUCUGGAGUACCAGAAGCUCAUGCUGCUGCUAGCCAACGUGCCUCAGACAGGGGACCUAGAUCUCGACCAAGUCAAAGAAUCCACGUACUUCUUCAGCUGAGUGCCUCACGGUGGAGAAGAUUGACUGAGCUUCAUCUCCUCGGGUGCCAUCUUCCUUACGGGUCAGCACAUCGAAGCAACACCCACCACCACCACCACCCCCUGUUUAAAAAGACGUUUUUAGGCGUCCCUGAGAACUUCCCUGAUUGUAGGGCUCAUUUCCAAGAGAGAGGCUGAGCACUUAAAAAGACUUGAAUCAGGGAAAAUAAGUUGUUCGUCUAACAAACCCUGUUCAUUCGUGUUCCUCCGCGAGUGUGAAUGCAUGAGUGCCUCUGAUUUGCUGUGUGUGUGUGAGAGAAGCAAGGGCAGGUAUGUGAGGACUCCCGCAGGGAGCUGGCUUGCCUCCAUCAUCAUCAUCACCAUGAGUGGUUGGAAGCAGAAUGCUGGCUGAGAACUAGGAGGAGGAAAGAGAGUUAGACUGGUCAGGGGGUCUCCUCCAAAACAUCUCUGGAAUGCCUCACUCUCGCAACACUUGACAACCAUCUUAAAAUACAUAAAACCGAAAAUGCUCUUCAAAGUAAAACAUGUGGUAAAUGGAACACUAUCAAGAUCUCUGAAGAGGCUUUUUUACAAUCAGCCCACGUCUUUUUUGCCGUACGGAGCUUUUAAAAAUAGCACAAUCGUGUCUAGUAAGCGUGGCCAAAACAAAGCUGGCUGAGUGACAAUGAUGUGAGAUCAUUAAACACAUGGAGACGCCCCUUAUAGUUUAUAAAGAGCAGUAGUCCACCACAACCAUGUCUUACCUCAUAUUUAAACAUCAUCUUUCUAUCAUUGUUGUCAAGUGGAGUACUGAAAAGUUUGAGUGCCAGAAAGGACUUUUUGCAGCCUUUAACGGCGCAGUGUAUCUAUACAUUUAAAAGCCAUUGUUUUAUUGUGUCAGCUCGCUGUAUUAAAAGAAGAAUGUAUUUUUUGGGGAAAAAGUGCUUCUCUGCGCUAUUUCUUUAGAUUAUUAGUUAAACAAAUUAUCAAAACUCAAUGCAUACUGACGAAUAUGAUAUGUAACGUAUUUUGGAUUUUUGCAUGUAUUUUCACAUGCAAGUGGAUGUAAGUCAUUUAAAAAUGUGUUUUUUUUUUUAAAAAAGAACUAAUACUAAUAUGAUUAAAUGUUCUUUAGUAAUAA